AAUGCAGUUGAUGCUGAGCUCUUAUGGCAGCAAUUCGGUUUUUUAGGGCUAUUUACAAUGGCUUCGUCUGCUCAAUGCGCUCUUGAUGUCAUCCGACUUCGGCGUGCACCAGUUGUUGAUGCCAUUCGACGGCAAUCAGCCUGGUCCAUCGAGGAUGAUGGUCGGUGA